AUGCUACGAGCUCUCAAGCGGACCCUCAACCUCAAUGAUACCUUUGAUGCCUGUGUGUGGGCGAUGGCAGCAUGUGCUUUCUGGGGUAUGAUGCGGUUCGGCGAGGUGUCAGUCAAAUCCCGCAAAGAUUUUAGUGGUGAUAAACAUCUUAAACGUCGAGACGCCUUCCUCGGGAGAGACCUGGAUGGUCGCCGGUAUGCUCGCCUUGACCUUCCUUCAGCCAAAACAGCAGCUGUUGGGGAAAUUCAAUCAGUAUUUCUAGCAACACAAUCGACAUCCGACUUGUGCCCACUGGAGGCCUUGCAUAACAUGGCAAGAGUCACGCCCGCUACAGCAGAUGACCCGCUGUUCUCCUGGAGGGACAAGUCAGGUAACAUCCGGCCCAUGGUCAGGGAAAGGGCAUUGGAACGCAUCAAUGCCAUACUCCAAGCCUGGGGAUGGGGUACUACCUUCGGGCACUCCUUCCGAAUAGGUGGAGCCUCUUUCUACCUCGCUCAGGGUGUCGACUCUGAACAUGUCCGCCUCGCAGGCCGUUGGAAAACCACAGCUUAUGAAGUUUACAUUCGAGCAUUCGAACUCAUUACCAACCGCAGGAUGGGCAACAUGGAUGUGCCCAAUGUCCAAGCCUGA